AUGACUGCGUCGAACUCACCACCAAUGAUUCUCCUUAGCGGCGCAACCGGCUAUGUCGGCGGGUCUGUCCUCCACCACCUCCUCAAGCACCCCUCUCUCACCUCCACGAUCUCAUCUUCCUCUCCGAUCACUGUCCCAAUCCGCGGCAGUCAAGAACGUGCAGCAAAUCUCACGAAAGCAUAUGGCCCGCGUGUUAAGCCUGUCUCCAUCGCCUCCUACGACGAUACUUCAGCCUUAACAGCUCUUGCCUCCGAGCACGAUAUCGUGAUCAACGCAGGCUCAGGCUUUCAUCCUCCCUCGGCAGAGGCUUUCGUCCAAGGUCUUGAUAAACACAAGGAUCGGAACGGAGGCCGACCUGUCUGGGUGAUCCACACCUCGGGGGCGUCCAACAUCGCGGACAAACCCUUGACUGGAGUCAACAGGCCAGAUACUGAAUAUGAAGACACCUUUGCCGAGAAAGUGUACGAAUUCGAAGAAUCUGAGAACGCGAAGGAUCCAUACCCUCAACGAACUGCAGAAUUGGAUGUGCUCAGAAGUGGGGACAAGCUCGGCGUGAACGCAGUCAGCAUCCAGUCGCCAUGCAUCUUUGGGCCUGGAUCAGGACUCUUCAAUAAAGCGGGCUUAAUGAUUCCCAUCAUGAUGGGCUACGUCCUUCGAAACGGCUAUGGGUUGACGCUGGGCGAUGAGACGGGCUGCAUUGAUUACGUUCAUGUGUCUGAUCUCGCGGACCUCUACGUUCUUUGCGUGUUAGACAUUGUCGAGCGCGCCGGUGUCAAUGUGCCGAGGGGCAAGAAGGGGAUUAUGUUUCCCACAGUGGGGAGGACAUUAACGAUUGAUAUCCCUCGAAAGUGUCUCGAUAUCGCGUUUGCGACAGGAAAUCUUCCCAAGGAAGGAGGGCCGCAGAAGAAAAUUGUGAGAAAUGUCAGCCUUGAGGAGGCGGCAGAGACGUGCGCUGGCAAUAUGGAUGUUGCUGAGACUGGGUAUGCUGGACAUCGCAAGACGAAGGGGACUGUGGCGAGAGAGAAACUCGGAUGGAAGCCGAUUCACGGGGAGGAAGCAUGGUGUGAAGACUUUGAGACGGAGUUGAGAGCUGCUUUGCAUGGACAGAGGCCGUAUACGAUGGGAAAUUGUAUCGCUGGCACAAAGUAA